GUUACGGUGUGGCGGGAGGGAACUGUGUAGACCCUGGUGCCGUACCGGGUGUCUGGUAGUUCCUGGAGGGCAGGGCAGGACGCUUCCCUUUCCCCCUGGAAGUGGGCAGCAGUCUCUGAGGCCUCCCCAGCUCCCAGGAGGCGUGAGGAGGGGGUCUCUGCCCCCCGUAGCGAUCUGUGCGCUGCUGGCUCUGCACCCGUGGAGACCUUUGGGAAGCUGCAGGGACUGAAGCUGCUGUCCUAUUGAGCACACCCACGUAGUGAAACUGGGAUGAGGCAGUAUUCAUGAUUGAGAAACUGAGAGCAGUAGAGAGAGAGAGCAUGCAGAUGGUCAGCCUGUGGUGAUCCUCCUAGGCUGGGCAGGCUGCCAGGACAAAUACCUGGCCAAAUACAGUGCAAUCUACAGUCAGAAGGGCUGCACCGUCAUCCGCUACACGGCUUCAUGGAAGAUGAUAUUCUUCUCUGAAACCUUUGGCAUCAGAUCCCUCGAGACCCCGGCCAGGCGACUCCUGGAGCUGCUCUUUGACUACAGCAUUGAAAACAGACCAAUUCUUUUUCAUGUUUUUAGCAAUGGUGGUGUCAUGCUGUACCGUUACAUCAUUGAGGCACUCCACACUCACAAGCCAUUUAAGAACCUCAAAAUAGCAGGCACCAUUUUUGAUAGUGCCCCUGGCAGAAGGAACUUGAGAGGAGGCCUUCGUGCCUUGGCAGCUGUCUUGGUAUCCACGAAUGUGCUGCUCAAGUAUUUCCUCUUAUUCACUUUUGCUACUACAGCUGUUGUGCUGCGGAUCUUGCUGUACCCGUUGACCCGUUUCAUCCACGAGAGCCAUUACGACGCCCUGCUGAAAGCACCCUCGCGGUGGCCUGAACUUUACCUCUACUCCCAAGCUGAUGCUAUCAUCAAGGCCAGCGAAGUUAAGGACAUGGCUGAUGCCCGGCAGCAGCUCGGUGUCUCCGUGAAAGCUGUAGACUUCUCAGAUUCGGCUCACGUCAGCCAUAUGCGGGCAUAUCCCACUUAUUACAGCAACCUCUGUACGACAUUCCUGUCUGACUGUGUCGGGGGCUCACCUCGUUAGUGGUGUAAUGACUGCCAAUGUUUGCCUCUGCUUUGCUCAGCUUGUAUGGGAAAUGUCACCCCCUUUGCCUUUGUGCCUUUGAAGGGACGAAAGUAGAGACUUCUUAGCUUUAUUUUUUGUUUGUUUUAUUUUCACCAUCUACAAGCCUGAAAGCCUCCAGACUGGCCUUUGGGCCAGGCAUGUUAUAGCAGAAAGUAGAUAUGGAUUAAUUUAAAGUACUAAAGGUGAAAUCCUAGCGUGGUUGAAGUUGAUGUGCUUUACCAAGGUGUCACAGACCAGAAUUUUCCAGGGAAUGUUAUUUGUUUCUUCCUAUCUCCUGUUGUUCUCUGUUUUCCAUGUUGUCUCCUUGUCCCUGAUGUCCGAUGUUCACGUUCUGUUGCCUUGUACUGAUUUUACAAUACAGCUCUUCCAUGUCUUUGUUUUUUCUCUCUGCCGUUUCUUUUAUCUUGCAGUAAGCGAACAGAAGCAGCUCUGCCGGACUUUUCUCUCGGUGCAUCCCAGCUCUGCUGAUGCUCCUUGCUGGAGAUCAGACCCAGAAACCAAGCAUAAGGCCUGGAAAAGGCUUGUGCAGGGCAGUAUGACCAGGCAGUCAUCUGGUUCCCUUAAAUAGCUGAGAUAGAGCAGUUAAAGCUCUGAUCUUUGGUGGGAGCUCAAAUGUUUGUCAUAACUUUUGUGUUCUUCAACUGAAAGAUUUAAGUUAACCUUUU